UAGCCAGAGGAGGGUCUCUGUUUCUUUUUUUGUAAACAAGAUAAAGCCAGCCAGAGUACUGGGGAAGUGGAGUAGCGUUACUUUUACUGACAGAAAUGCAGUCUGUGGUAAAACAAAACUUCCAUGCGGAGACUGAAGGAGACGUCAACAAACUAAUCAACCUGAAGCUCAAUGCAUCCUACGCCUACCUUUCUCUGGGGAUGUAUUUUGACAGGGAUGAUGUUGCCCUGCCUAAAUUCUCCACGUUUUUCCUGGAGCGCUCCAUGAAAGAGAGGGAUCAGGCUGAGAAGCUGCUGGAAUAUCAGAACAUGAGAGGCGGCCACAUUUUGCUUCAGACUAUUGCUAAACCAAGUAGAGAGGAUUGGAGAGGUGGUCUGGAUGCAAUGUCUUUUUCCCUGGACUACCAGAAGGUUCUCAACACUUGUAUCCUUGAUGUGCACCGCAGAGCUGGCACCCAUACUGACCCUCACCUGUGUGACUUCCUCGAGCAGCACUUCCUCCCAGACAGCCACGACACCAUCAAGAAGCUGGGCAAUUACAUUGGCAGUCUGAUCCGCAUCACUGCGUCCGAGACACACGGUCCAAUGGGAGAAUACCUCUUUGAUAAACACACACUGUAAAGGUCAAACCAUUACAGUAAAGUAUGCUUGACAUCUUUAAAUGAUACAUAGUGUCAAGAGAGCAAAAGUCUCUCUCUUCUCCGUUAAGAAAAGUAUACAAUAUUUUCAGAUUAGCACAAACUUUAUUCUUGUACCAAUGGCACAAGAGAAACGUAAAGCUAAAAAAACAGAAAUACUUCAUUUUGUCAUGAA